AUGACAUCUGGAACAUCUACUUUUUGUGUCGCAUCAGUUGGCAUAAUCAUUUGCGGUGUUGAUGUCUUCAAUUAUCUGGACACAGAGAGGUCCAGAAAUGUGUCGUUGUCACAGUCAGCGAGCCAGGAUGAGAAGCUGGUUUGGAGGCUUUUAAACAAAAGCGGGCAAGUAUUGACUGUCAUCGACAUUGCAUGUCUGACUGGAACAGACUUAGCCAAGCACAAGGGCCGGGACAAAGCAAGCAUAACAGAAUCUCACCUUUGGAACCAUAUUCCAGACACUGUGUAUGAAUCCUGGAACACCCAGCCCAUUAUAGCUGGUUCAGAUUCCAAAAACAAUGGUGACAGUUCAGAGCUUUUCUCUGACAUAGACAGCAUCAGAGAUGAUGUCAACCAUAACCCCGAACUUGCUAGCUCCUUAAUGGAGAUGGAUUUGAGCGAUUCUGGAGACAUUCACACCGACUACAAAGGCAAAGCCAAACAGACUCACACAGCUGCACUCUCCCCUGAUGAAUCACCAACAAAUCAAAGAGUAGCAGUGAAAAGACUCAAGAGUGAAAUGACUACCACCAUCUCACGUCUCCUGCCUUUGGAGUCCCCUCCUUCACUCAGUCAGCUGAGUGUUCCAAGUGCACCAGCUGCAUGCACUACUUUCCCUGAAUUAUCCUAUCCAGUUAUGAUUGUCUCUGAUUUGACAGGGGUAAACCCGCGGGUGCGACGACCUCAACCCGCACCCGCCGACUACCCGUACCGCUCUACCCAAGGGUCCUUAGGGGUGCGGGUCAUACAAGGGUCAUGCAUGGGUAAUGGGUACCACGGUGUAGAGACUCGUGCCUCUCAUUGUGCAAUAUUGCAGUUUUCACUAGGGAGUACAUGGCACGAACUUGUAGCAUCACUCUCUUUCCCGCGCAACGCGCAACUCGUGUGCAUACCUUUCCCGCGCUUCACGAUGUAUAUGCGCGCGCGCUUUCCUGCGCUUGAGCGCCCUAUAGCGCCAGCCACCCGGAAGCAUCCAUCCACUGUCCACCAAGUUCCCUAUGCUUCGGCUCUGCAUGACAGCGCUUAG